AACCUUUUACUUUGAAGUGUUUGACUUUCACUUCCGGGGAUCGCAGUUGCCGGUGGGUACUUCUUGCGUCUGAACCCUCCUCCUCGUCCCGACUCCCUUUCUCCUGCAAGCCAUAGACCUCUGCUGCCAAGUUUUCUACUGGUUUACGCGACACCGUUGCCUACAGCAAGCGCCAUGUCUUCCGGAAAAGCUCAGAUUGGCAAGCCCGCCCCUGAUUUCAAAGCUACAGCUGUGGUGGAUGGACAGUUCAAGGAGAUCAAGCUGUCAGACUACAAAGGGAAGUAUGUGGUUUUCUUUUUCUACCCCCUGGACUUCACCUUCGUGUGCCCGACCGAGAUCAUUGCUUUCAGCGACAGAGCAGAGGAGUUCCGCAGCCUUGGCUGUGAGGUCAUCGGCUGCUCCAUUGACUCCCACUUCACCCACUUGGCAUGGAUCAACACACCGAGGAAGCAGGGUGGUCUGGGUAACAUGAAGAUCCCGCUGGUAGCAGACCUCACAAAGUCCAUCUCCAGAGACUACGGUGUGUUGAAGGAGGAAGACGGCGUGGCGUACAGGGGUCUGUUUGUGAUCGACGUCAACGGCACCCUGAGGCAGAUCACCAUCAACGACUUGCCCGUGGGUCGCUCUGUGGACGAGACCCUGCGUCUGGUUCAAGCCUUCCAGCACACCGACAAGCACGGAGAGGUCUGCCCCGCUGGCUGGAAACCCGGGAGUGACACCAUCAUCCCAGACGUAGCGAAGAGCAAAGAGUUCUUCUCCAAGCAGUAAAUCUGAAGGUCCUCCUUAAAGCUCCGUCCCCGAGCUCAGCACUUGACCUCAGAUGAGAGGUGUCCCUAUGAAGCCGUACGUCAUGACGUCCAAAAUGUUCCAACACAAUCUCCUCACUUUCUCUUAUUAUGCUCAGCCUGCAGUUUGGGGGGGCAACUUUGUAGUCUCAAGCACUGAAAGUAGUUUUGUUCAAUAUCUUCUUCUGAGAGUUGUUGUGCCUUCCCUCCCUGUCACUAAUGGUUUGUUACCGUCUUUAAUAAAAGUGGGAAAAGAGAGGUGAA